CGAGUAGAAGGGGUAGAGGGAGUGACCAGACCUGGCAGCAUGGAUGUGCAGCAGGAGACAUCCACGGACGGGCUGAGGACGGUGGCCAGCAACAAGCUGGACACCUGGAUCAUGAAGACCCUCCAACCCAGCAUGGUUUUCUGCAGGCAGGUGAAGCAGACAGUGAAGCAGAUCUGUGAUUUCCUGAAGGAGGACUGCUUCGACACAGGCAUCCGCGUCCACAAGACUGUCAAGGGUGGCUCAGCAGGCAAGGGCACAGCUUUGCAGAACAACUCUGAUGCCGACGUGGUGCUCUUCCUUAGCUGCUUCUCCAGCUACCAGCAGCAGAAGCAGGAGAGGAGGUAUAUCCUGGAUUUGAUUGAGAAGAGACUGCGCACCUGCAGGCAGAGCCUAACAUUCACCAUGAGCAUCAGUGAGCCCCGGUACAAGGGUCCUGGUAACACACCGCGCUCCCUCAGCCUCACUCUCUACUCCAAGGACACCUUGGAGUCCAUCGAGGUGGAUAUUCUGCCUGCCUAUGAUGCCUUGGGGCAGUUGAGCCAGAAUGCCCCACCGGAUGCAAGUGUGUACAUAGGGCUCCUGAAAGCCAGCAGUGACCCUGGGGAGUUCUCCCCCUGCUUCACUGAGCUUCAGAAAAAGUUUGUGAAGCGCUACCCUGCCAAGCUGAAGAAUCUUCUGCGCCUGGUGAAGCACUGGUACAAGGAGCUGCUGAAACCACAGUACCCCACUGCAGACCUGCCCCCCAGGUAUGCCCUGGAGCUGCUGACCAUCUACGCCUGGGAGGAGGGCACAGGCUCCUCUGACUCUUUUGUCAUGGCUGAAGGCUUCCGUACAGUGCUGGAGCUGCUGUGCCGACACCAGGAGAUCUGCAUCUACUGGGAGAAGUACUACUUGCUCCAGCACAACCAGAUUGGUGCCCACAUCAAGAUGCUGUUGCGCAGUCCCUGCCCUAUCAUCCUGGACCCCGCUGACCCAACAGGGAUCCUUGGCCAAGGCAAGAAUUGGAACCUGGUGGCACAGGGAGCUGCCGGCCACCGUUCCCUGCCCUGCAUCAGUACUGCCCAGCCCUGGGCUGUGCACCCAGCACGGCCUGUGAAGAUAGAGGUGAGGCAGUUGCUGGGCACCAGCCUGAGCAGGACCGUCAGCCCUGGCACUACCAUCCGGCAACUGAAGGAGGCGAUUGAGCAGGAGUGGGGCAUCCCUUGGUACCAGCAGCGCCUGGCACAGCAGGAGCUGGGCAGGAGUUACGUUGUCCUACAGGAUGGCACGACCCUGGCCUCCCACGGCAUCUUCUACAGCACCACUCUGCUGCUGCUGCAGACAGAGCCCCAAGCGAUGGAAGUCUUUGUGAAGGAUGACAAGAGCCGGACCACCACCUACACGGUGCUGCCUACCACCGCUGUCCGGCAGCUGAAGGAGCAGAUCCACAGACAGCAGGGGCCUCCCGCUGACCAGCAGCGUCUGACAUACAACUUCCAGGAGCUGGAGGACCGGCACAUGCUGGUACAUUAUGAUGUCCAGCCCAGGAGCACAAUCUUCAUGCUCCUGCGGCUCCGUGGGGGUGCAGACCCCCAGUUCCCUAACUAAGUAUUAGCACUAGCAUUCCUGUACCCUCAGUCCUGCGUAUUGCCCCUGUACUCCCCCUUCCCUUCUGGUCAUGCUGGAAAUAAAUGUCUCCAUAAAUC